GUUGCUUCCCUUCUGCUUAGCGGCGCCCCUCCCCCGCCCGGCUCUCCGCGCCCCCUCCCGGGCGCCGGGGCGGCGGGGCGGUUGGCGUGCGGUCCCCGGAGCGUCCGCGCGUGCGCCCGAGCGCGCCUUCGCCUCCGCGGCCCGCUGCGCGCCCCGCAACACCAAGGCCGAGCGGGGGCAGGGGGCUGACCGCCAUGACCCCCCGGAGUCCAGCGUGAGGGGCAGAGAUGCAGUGAUCCACCACCCACUGCUGCGGCUUCCCUACUCCAUUUGCCCCAUCGUCUCUUGACACUCUUGCUGCCAGGCACCAUGUCGACCUCGUCGCUGCGGCGCCAGAUGAAGAACAUCGUCCACAACUACUCGGAGGCGGAGAUCAAGGUCCGAGAGGCCACGAGCAAUGACCCCUGGGGCCCGUCCAGCUCCCUCAUGUCAGAGAUCGCCGACCUCACCUACAACGUCGUUGCCUUCUCUGAGAUUAUGAGCAUGAUCUGGAAGCGGCUCAACGACCAUGGCAAGAACUGGAGGCAUGUCUAUAAGGCCAUGACGCUGAUGGAAUACCUGAUCAAGACUGGCUCGGAGCGUGUGUCGCAGCAGUGCAAGGAAAAUAUGUACGCUGUGCAGACACUCAAGGACUUCCAGUACGUGGACCGCGACGGCAAGGACCAGGGCGUGAACGUGCGUGAGAAGGCAAAGCAGCUGGUGGCCCUGCUGCGUGACGAGGACCGGCUGCGAGAGGAGCGUGCCCACGCGCUCAAGACCAAGGAGAAGCUGGCGCAGACCGCCACUGCUUCCUCAGUGGCUGUGGGCACAGGGCCCCCACCUGAGGCAGAGCAGGCGUGGCCACAGAGCAGCGGGGAGGAGGAGCUGCAGCUGCAGCUGGCCUUGGCCAUGAGCAAGGAGGAGGCUGACCAGCCCCCGUCCUGCGGCCCCGAGGACGACGUCCAGCUCCAGCUGGCCCUUAGUUUGAGCCGUGAGGAGCAUGAUAAGGAAGAGCGGAUUCGUCGAGGGGACGACCUGAGGCUGCAGAUGGCCAUUGAGGAGAGCAAGCGGGAGACCGGGGGCAAGGAGGAGUCGUCCCUCAUGGAUCUUGCCGAUGUCUUCACGGCCCCGGCUCCUCAGCCCACCUCGGAUCCCUGGGGGGGCCCGGCCCCCAUAGCCGCUGCCGCCCCCACCGCUGCCCCCGUCUCAGAUCCUUGGGGGGGACCUCCCGUCCCUCCUGCUGCUGAUCCCUGGGGUGGCCCGGCCCCAACGCCAGCCUCUGGGGACCCUUGGCGUCCUGCUGCCCCAGCUGGGCCCACAGCUGACCCUUGGGGUGGGACCCCCGCACCCGCUGCUGGAGAGGGACCCAUGCCUGACCCGUGGGGGGGUGCUGAUGGUGGGGUCCCGGUUGGAGGCCCCCCCGCCUCUGAUCCCUGGGCGCCGGCCCCUGCCUUUUCAGACCCCUGGGGGGGAUCACCUGCCAAGGCUAGCACUAACGGCACCACAGUCGGGGGAUUUGACCCAGAGCCUGAUGAGUUCUCUGACUUUGACCGACUACGGACGGCCCUGCCAACCUCCGGGAGCAGCACGGGGGAGCUGGAGCUGCUUGCAGGAGAGGUGCCCGCCCGCAGCCCUGGGGCGUUUGACAUGAGUGGGGUCGGGGGCUCGCUGGCUGAGGCUGUGGGGAGUCCCCAACCUGCAGCCACCCCAACCCCCACACCCCCCACACGGAAGACGCCUGAGUCAUUCCUGGGGCCCAAUGCAGCCCUUGUGGACCUGGACUCGCUGGUGAGCCGGCCUGGCCCCACGCCCCCCGGAGCCAAGGCCUCCAACCCCUUUCUUCCAAGCGGUGCCCCAGCCUCUGGCCCCUCGGUCACCAACCCAUUCCAGCCCGUGCCCCCUGCGACGCUCACUCUGAACCAGCUGCGUCUCAGCCCUGCACCCCAAGUCCCUGGUGCACCACCGACGUACAUCUCCCCCCUUGGGGGGGGCCCUGGCCUGCCCCCAAUGAUGCCCCCAGGCCCUCCGGCCCCAAACACUAACCCCUUUCUCCUAUAA